AUGGGGUUCCUCGGAGUUUUGCCAAUCCUGAUACUAUUCAUUCUCUUGGGGGGUGUCCAGGAACCUGGGCUGGUGGAGGCAUUCUUUCUAAGUAAGUAUCAAAGGCAGUGUCCCCGAAACAGGGUAAGAUGUGAAAUACAAGAAAGAGACCUAUGUAUGAACAGCAGAGAUUGCCCAAAGAAGAUGAAAUGUUGCCCGUUUAGCUGUGGAAAGAAAUGUUUAGAUGUCAACAAAGAAAUUCUGGAUGCCUCUCCUAGACAUCUGUGA